AUGCGUGCUAAAGUUCCAAUUGCAGUCCUCCAAGCUGCUGCCAUUCAGGCAAUACUCGCCGCUCCUCCGUAUGGUGCCGACUCGAUCUCUAGUACCCGCGGCGAUAUACGGUCUGCCCGGUCCUCCGUGUCUGUUUGGGACCAUGGAGCAGGUGAUAAACGUCGUACUCAUCUCCUGGGUAGAGCCUAUGGAGACGAUACUCUCUACGUCGAUGAACCCGGACUCGCCCCUACGUACGAAGGAGACGAUGGCAUCGUCCCCGUCAAUCCGAGCUACAAGGAUACAUCCGCUGGUGAUCCAAUCACUGUCCCUAGCGGUACAGGAGACACCGGUGCUGGUUCCCAGCCCGCAGCUCAAAAUGAGGGUCAGAGUCAGUCUCCCCCAAAUGGCGGCAGAGGCAGUAGUGGUCUCGGAACUCUUGCAGAUAUUGGAAGUGGCCUUCUUGGUGCCAGUGGUGGCCUCUUUGGUGGCCUCGCAGCCGGUAAAGGCGUUGCUGAUGGCAUUCUUGGUGGAGGUGGCAGUGCUGCUAGUGGCAUUCUGGGUGGAGGCGGCAGUGCAGCACCUGAAGGCAGUCUGGGCACCAACGGGGGCACAGGAGCCCUGGAAAAUGCUGGUACUAUUGGUACUGCAGCCACCGAUGGUACUGCAGGUGCUGCCAGCACCGGUAACUCUCCGACGUUCGAGGGUGAUGUCAGCAACCCUCCCCCGGCCCAGAAGCCGGCCGAGAUCUAUAUAGACGAGAAUGGAAACGAAGGCCCCGUUCCUUGGACGAGCGAGGAGAAUACCUUCUCCUUGGAUGUCCAGGAUGAGGGCGAGGGCGCUUUGUCCGAAUCCGGUCGACCGGGACCAUACAGAGGGUCUGGAGGUCCUUCGCAGGCUGGGAAGUCUCAAUCCAAAGGCAUUGACUUUAACAAUUUUAGGGAAAGUGUUGAGUCAGAAGCCAAGGGAUAUUUGAAAACUCCCAAUUCAAAACAUGUCAAGGCAUUCGAUGGAGGGAGGUCGCCAGCAGAAAAGCAACUAUUUAAGGGUCUUAAGGACAAUUAUUCUAAUCUCAAAGAGGUCAAAGCCACCAGUAGUCAGGAAAAUAACUGGGCAAGUAGAGACAGGGGCCGUUAUCGCUAUAUUUCUGGAACGGACAAGAGUGGAAAGGAAGUUCUUAUUGGAAUUGCAGAGCAUGGCCCUAACAGCAACAGCUUUGUUAACUUCAAACACUUCCAGAAUCCAAAGAGUGUGUAA